AUGUCGCAACAAUCCCUUGAGACGCUGAACCGGCUGGUUUUAGAGCUGAAGUCACGACACGAUGAUACACGAAAGAGAGCAGCAUUGGAACUGAGAGAGCAGGUGGUAAUUGCAGCAAGAGAUUUCCCACAGGAGCGGUUCUUAGAGUUCUACAAUGUUGUGAACUCCAGAGUUACGAAUCUUAUCAGUCAUGGAAGCGAUCCUUCAGAGCGUCUGGGAGGCAUCCAGGCCUUGGAUGCCCUCAUCGAUUUCGAUGGCGUCGACGUUGCGCAGAAGACAACCCGGUUUACACAGUCGCUCCGGACUGUCUUACGAGGCAAAGACCUGGUUGCGAUGCAGCCGGCGGCAGUAGCGCUAGGGAAGAUUUGCAGACCAGGUGGCUCUCUCAUAUCUGAGCUUGUGGAGGCCGAGGUCAAGACGGCACUAGAAUGGUUACAAUCAGACCGUGUGGAGGAGAGACGGUACAGUGCGGUUCUUGUUCUCAGGGAGCUUGGCCGUAAUGCACCGACAUUGAUGUACACCUUUGUCGGUCUUAUAUUUGACCAGAUAUGGGUGGGCCUGCGCGAUCAACGACUCCUGAUUCGGCAGACUGCGGCGGAGGCCAUUAGUGCCUGCUUCCAGAUCAUCAGAGAGAGAGACCAGGCCAUGCGGCAGACAUGGCAGGCAAAGAUCUACGAUGAGGCGAUCCAGGGAAUCAAACAAGGCUCCGUGGAGUACAUCCACGGUUCUCUGCUUGUGAUCAAGGAACUGCUUCAACAAGGAGGCAUGUUCAUGCACGAGCACUACCAGGAGGUAUGCGAUAUUAUAUUCCGGCAGAAGGACCAUCGAGAUGCACAGAUCCGCCGCACGGUAGUGUUGCUGAUACCAGAGCUGGCCAACUAUUCGCCGGCAGAGUUUGCACAGUCUUACCUCCACAAAUUCAUGGUAUUCCUAUCUGGCAUGCUGAAGAAGGAUAAGGACCGAAAUGACGCCUUCUUGGCGAUUGGAAAUAUUGCAAAUGCGGUGAAGAGCGCGAUAGCACCAUAUCUGGACGGGGUGUUGAUCUACGUGCGGGAGGGACUGAGCCUUAAAUCGAGACGAACUGGCACGGUCGAUCCGGUUUUUGACUGUAUCAGCAGACUGGCUGUUGCAGUGGGCCAAACCCUGAGCAAAUACAUGGAGGCCCUUCUAGAUCCCAUUUUCGCCUGCGAGUUGACUCCAAAGCUUACCCAGGCGCUUGUAGAUAUGGCAUUCUAUAUUCCGCCAGUCAAGCCAACGAUUCAGGAGAGAUUGUUGGAUAUGCUGAGCAAUGUGCUCUGUGGGGCGCCAUUUAAGCCUUUAGGAGCGCCAACUGCGAACACUAUUGUUACGGCACCCGUUAUUCCCAAAGAUUCUAAGGAUCCACUUGCAUAUGAGCAUCGUCAAGCUGAGAUCAAGCUGGCACUAAACACAUUGGGAAGCUUCGAUUUCUCCGGGCAUGUGCUCAACGAGUUUGUUCGUGACGUUGCAAUCAAGUACGUCGAAGACGAAAACCCCGAAAUCCGAGAGGCGGCAGCUUUAACAUGUUGCCAACUUUACGUUCGCGACCCUAUCGUCAACCAGACCAGCUACCACGCGAUUCAAGUUGUGAGCGAGGUCAUUGAGAAACUCCUCACAGUGGGUGUGGCGGAUCCUGAUCCUGGCAUUCGAAGAACUGUACUCGCAGCUCUGGAUGAGCGUUUUGAUCGUCAUCUUGCCAAGGCGGAAAACAUUCGUACUUUGUUCUUCGCCCUUAAUGAUGAAAUAUUUGCAAUCCGAGAGGUUGCUAUCGCUAUCAUCGGUCGGCUCACGCAUGUGAACCCGGCCUAUGUUAUACCUUCGCUCCGAAAGGUCCUAAUACAAAUGCUCACCGAGCUUGAGUUUUCCGAUGUCGCGAGAAACAAGGAGGAGAGCGCGAAGCUCCUGAGUUUGCUUGUACAGAACUCGCAGAGGCUAAUCAAGCCAUACGUCGAUCCUAUGAUCUCUGUCCUGUUGCCGAAGGCUCGAGAUCCCAGCCCUGCAGUGGCUGCAACUAUUCUCAAGGCCAUUGGCGAGCUUGCAACAGUCGGCGGUGAAGAUAUGAUGCCAUAUAUUGAUAAGCUUAUGCCGAUUAUCAUUGAGGCUCUACAAGACCAAAGCUCUUCUGCCAAACGAGAAGCAGCUCUCCGAACCCUCGGACAGUUAGCAAGCAAUUCAGGUUAUGUGAUCGAUCCGUACCUUGAUCACCCACAACUUCUCGAGAUUCUCCAGAAUAUCAUCAGAGGUGAACCUCAACGAGGUCCACUGCGUCAGGAAACCAUCAAGCUUAUGGGUAUCCUUGGUGCUCUGGACCCCUACAGACACCAGCAAGUUGAAGAACGAUCACCAGAGAUGCAGCUGCGCCUUGAAUCGAAUCAAAUGACGGAUAUCUCUCUCAUGAUGACUGGUCUCACACCAUCGAGCAAGGAAUAUUUCCCAACUGUUGUGAUAAACGCGCUUCUCCAGAUUUUGAAAGACCAAUCUCUGGCUCAGCAUCACGCGCUCGUCAUUGAGGCAAUCAUGAAUAUAUUCAGAACAUUAGGUUUGGAGUGUGUCUCGUUCCUCGAUAAGAUCAUUCCCGCCUUCCUGAGCGUUAUUCGGAGUUCUCCUACUAGUCGCCUUGAAUCAUACUUCAGUCAAUUGGGCAUUCUAGUUACAAUUGUCCGACAACACAUUCGGAACUUCUUACCCGAUAUUGUGACGGUUUUGCAGGAGUACUGGAACGUGUCUCCGACUUUACAAGCGAACAUCCUUCAAUUGGUGGAGGCAAUUUCGCGAUCGCUUGAGGGCGAGUUCAAGAUAUACCUGGCUGGUCUGCUUCCACUCAUGUUAGGUGUGCUGGAGAAAGAUGUUUCAACGAGACGUCUACCUUCCGAGCGUGUUUUGCAUGCCUUCCUGGUCUUCGGAUCUAGUGCCGAAGAAUACAUGCACUUGAUAAUCCCAGUCAUUGUCAGUGUGUUCGAGAAGCCGCAACAGCCAUCUUUCAUCCGGAAGUCUGCAAUCGAGACUAUCGGCAAGAUCUCGAGACAGGUCAAUCUCAAUGAUUAUGCGUCCAAGAUCAUUCAUCCAUUGGCGAGAGUGCUGGCCGUCAAUGAUAGUUCCUUGAGGAUGGCUGCGCUUGACACCCUCUGCGCGCUAAUCUUCCAACUUGGGAAAGAUUACCUACACUUCGUUGGGACCGUCAACAAAUUUCUCCAAGCACAAGGUAUCCAGCAUCAGAACUAUGAGCUCCUAGUAAGCAAGCUGCAGAAAGGAGAAGUCCUGCCGCACGAUCUGAACGCCGAAGACCGCUAUAACAACAACAUCGACGAAGCGCAGUUCGCAGAUGUUAAUCAGAAGAAGUAUGAUGCAAAUCCCGUACACCUUAAAGCGUCCUGGGAUACCACUGGCAAGUCGACGAAGGAAGAUUGGCAGGAAUGGAUGCGCCGCUUCAGUCUUACUGUUUUGCAGGAGUCUCCUAAUCAAGCACUCCGAUCAUGUGCUUUUCUGGCAAGCGUGUAUCCCCCGCUGGCAAGAGAGUUAUUCAAUUCGGCUUUUGUAUCAUGUUGGGGCGACUUGAUUGAUCCGUAUCAGGACGAUCUGAUCCAAAACAUUGAGACGGCGAUUCGAUCUCCUCACGUUACCCCCGACCUUCUAGGUAUCUUGCUAAAUCUGGCUGAAUUCAUGGAGCACGACGACAAGGCUCUUCCAAUUGAUAUUCGAGUUCUAGGCCGCGAAGCCGGUAGAUGCCACGCAUGGGCCAAGGCCUUGCAUUACAAGGAACUGGAGUUCUGCCAAGAUCAGACCAGUGGUGCUGUUGAAGCGUUGAUCCAAAUCAACAAUCAACUGCAGCAGUACGAUGCUGCUAUAGGUAUCUUACGAAAGGCCCAGUUAUACAAGGAUGGCAUUCAGCUGCGCGAGACUUGGUUCGAGAAACUUGAGCGCUGGGAGGAAGCACUGGAUUUCUAUCAGAAGCGCGAGAAAGAACACCCUGACCAAGCAGAAACCUUUGAUGUUAUCAUGGGAAAGAUGAGAUGUCUACACGCCUUGGGAGAAUGGGAAUCCUUAUCCACGUUGGCUCAGGACAAAUGGCAUACUUCUACUCUUGAGAUCAAGCGUGCUGUUGCACCUCUGGCUGCCGCUGCGGCCUGGGGCUUAGGCAAAUGGGAUCUCAUGGAUGACUACCUCAGUGUCAUGAAAACCAACACUCCCGAUCGAUCAUUCUUUGGUGCCAUUCUUGCCCUGCACCGCAAUCAAUUCCGGGAAGCAGGCCUUUACGUCCAAAAGGCCCGAGAGGGGCUGGAUACAGAGCUAAGCGCUUUGGUCAGCGAGUCUUAUAAUCGAGCGUACUCGGUCGUCGUUCGCGUGCAAAUGCUGGCAGAACUUGAAGAACUUAUUGUCUACAAGCAAAGCAACAAUAAUCCCGCCAAGCAAGAGACCAUGCGGCGAACUUGGGAAAAGCGACUUCUUGGCUGUCAGAGGAAUGUGGAAGUGUGGCAAAGAAUGCUGAAGUUGCGCGCAUUGGUUAUCUCACCCAAAGAGAAUAUGCAGAUGUGCAUCAAAUUCGCAAACCUCUGCAGAAAGUCGGGUCGGAUGGGAUUGGCUGAGAAGCAUCUGAAGAUGCUUAUUGGAAGCGAAGAGAGCCUGGACAUGAUGCUACCUUUCACUGAGAGUGGCGAGUUCCGACGCGAAGGCCUAGCUGCGAUGAAGAGCAUACCGCCACAGGUUAAUUAUGCCGUGCUCAAAUACCAAUGGGACUCGGGAAAGCAAACCCAGGCUUUGGAGGCUCUCAAGAUGUUCACAACAGAGAUGGCAGAUAGACUGGAUGCUGCGCAGAUGGCCGCUCAGGGCAUGAACGGUGGAGGCGAUGCCAACAGUAUGAAUGGCAAUAUGGGGUCAAGCAACGGUUAUGGUGGCCACCCCAUGUUUACACCUAAAGGUAUGGCCGAACAUACAGUGCUCCUUGCCAGGUGCUGUCUCAAGCAGGGCGAAUGGCAAAUAGCAGAGAAGAGAGGCGACUGGCAGCAUGAUCACGUUGACGACGUUCUAUCUUCCUAUCGCGCUGCAACACAUUUCAAUCCCAACUGGUACAAGGCAUGGCAUGCGUGGGCGCUUGCCAAUUUUGAGAUCGUCCAGGCUAUAAGUUCACGAGAUCAGGCCACUGUACCACCAAAUAUUGUUAUCGACCACGUCGUCCCUGCAGUUCGUGGAUUUUUCAAAUCAAUCGCACUUUCAGCCGGGAGCUCUUUGCAAGAUACCCUAAGACUUCUAACCCUGUGGUUUGCUCAUGGCGGUAGUCCAGAAGUAAACGCGGUUGUGACUGAAGGCUUUUCUUCCGUCAGUGUCGACACUUGGCUGGAGGUCAUUCCUCAACUUAUUGCCCGAAUCAAUCAGCCAAACACCCGUGUUAGACAGUCGAUCCACAACCUGCUUGCAGAUGUUGGUAGAGCGCAUCCGCAAGCUCUUGUCUAUCCGUUGACAGUAGCAAUGAAGUCCGCUCCAAAUACUCGGCGAUCAAGGUCUGCUAUGCAAAUCAUGGACAGUAUGCGACAGCAUAGUGCACGACUCGUUGAGCAGGCCGACAUUGUAAGCCACGAGCUUAUCCGAGUUGCGGUGUUAUGGCAUGAGCAAUGGCAUGAAGGUCUCGAGGAGGCGUCAAGGCUGUAUUUUGGAGAUCAUAAUAUCGAGGGCAUGUUUGCCACCCUGGCUCCAUUGCAUGAUAUGCUCGACCAAGGCCCAGAGACGCUUCGAGAAAUAUCCUUUGCCCAAACCUUCGGUCGCGACCUCCAAGAAGCCCGUGAAUGGUGUUACACCUACAGACAGUCAGGCGAUGUUGGCGAUAUCAACCAGGCAUGGGACCUUUACUAUCAAGUAUUCCGAAGAAUUGCGCGCCAACUGCCGCAACUCAAUAAUUUGGAACUGGCAUACGUGUCGCCCAAGCUUCUUCAUGCUCGUGAUCUGGAUCUGGCUGUUCCCGGAACUUAUCAAAGUGGCAAACCAGUCAUCCGGAUCCUCAACUUCGAGUCGACGUUUACUGUCAUCUCUUCUAAGCAACGCCCUCGAAAACUUAGUCUCAAUGGUAGCGACGGUACUGCAUACGCAUUCGUUCUCAAGGGCCACGAGGAUAUUCGUCAAGAUGAGCGUGUUAUGCAGCUGUUUGGCCUUUGCAAUACGCUAUUGACCAACGAUUCGGAGUCUUACAAACGACACUUAAAUAUCCAGAGAUAUCCUGCCAUUCCACUGUCGCAGAACUCGGGUCUGCUCGGCUGGGUUCCAAACAGUGAUACCCUGCACGUCUUGAUCCGCGAGUACAGAGAAAGCCGCAAGAUUCUGCUGAACAUCGAACACCGUAUCAUGCUGCAAAUGGCUCCUGAUUAUGACAAUCUGACCCUCAUGCAAAAGGUUGAGGUGUUCGGAUACGCUCUGGAUAACACCACUGGCCAAGAUCUUUACCGAGUCUUGUGGCUAAAGAGCAAGAGUUCGGAAUCUUGGUUGGAGCGUCGGACCAAUUACACUCGAUCUCUUGGUGUAAUGUCUAUGGUCGGAUACAUUCUCGGUCUUGGCGACAGGCAUCCAUCGAACUUGAUGCUUGACAGGAUCACCGGCAAUAUCGUCCAUAUCGAUUUUGGUGACUGUUUCGAGGUUGCUAUGCAUCGUGACAAGUAUCCGGAGCGGGUGCCCUUCCGAUUGACUCGAAUGUUGACCUACGCAAUGGAAGUUAGUAAUAUCGAGGGAAGUUUCAGGAUCACUUGUGAGAACGUCAUGAGAGUGCUGCGCGACAACAAGGAGUCUUUGAUGGCUGUUCUUGAAGCCUUCAUACACGACCCUCUCCUUAAUUGGCGUCUCACCGGCGACACUGCCUCUCCGCCAGGUCCCCAUUUCCGUGGGGAACGGGACCGCCGCGAGUCGCACAUUGCCAAUGAAAAUCGCCGACCCUCGAUGAUAGACGGCGAUCCAUCAGCUCACGUGCCUCAAGUUCCUACUACAGCCCCUGGGGGACCACCAUCUUCACGACCCCGUGCAAGAACAAACUCGACUGCUCUCGGAGCUGGAGGGCCCGAUGUCGACAUGGCAGAAACGCAAAACGAAAGGGCGGUGCAGGUGCUGAACCGGGUCAAGGAGAAGCUGACUGGCCACGAUUUCAAACCCGAAGAAGAAUUGACGUACACUCUCCAAGUUGACAAGUUGCUGGUUGAGGCGACGAAGCUGGAGAAUUUGUGCCAGCACUACAUUGGAUGGUGCAGUUUCUGGUGA